AUUAAUAACAUACGGAACCUGUAAAAGCUGAAUUUUGUGCAAAAAAUAAAUAAAUAAAACAUGGCACACGAUCGGGAGGUGCUGCGUAUGAUAUGGGAAGGUCAAAUUGGAAUUUGCUUUCAAGCCGACAACGAAGAAAUUGUCGGCAUCAGGCCAGAACCGUUUUAUUUGAUGGUGUCACGUCUCAGCUAUUUGCCCCUGGUCACAGACAAGGUGCGAAAGUAUUUUACCCGCUAUAUUGCUGCCGAGCAUCAGGAUGGCGCCGCUUGGUUCGAUUUCAAUGGAACGCCGCUCCGUCUGCAUUAUCCAAUAGGAGUGCUGUACGAUUUGCUGCAUCCAGAGGAGGACGGCACACCCUGGUGCAUUACCAUACACUUUUCCAAGUUUCCAGAGGAGACGCUCGUCAAAUUGAACACAAAAGAACUGCUGGAAUCGCAUUACUUGGCCUGCCUAAAGGAGGCCGACGUGCUAAAGCAUAGAGGCUUGGUAAUCUCAGCCAUGCAAAAGAAGGAUCACAAUCAGCUCUGGCUAGGCCUGAUAAAUGAUAAAUUCGAUCAGUUCUGGGCGGUCAAUAGACGCUUAAUGGAGCCCUAUAGUGACCAGGAGUCAUUUAAGAACAUUCCAGUGCGUUUCUAUCACGACGAUGAUUUUACGUACAUACAAAAAUUAAUAUCGCCGCUGAAUGAAACUGGACAAAAGAAAAAUCUGGCCGACCUGAUGGCCGAAUUAUCGACACCUGUGCGCAAAGCAGUUGGCUUUCGGACUCAUGGCAUCGGCCUGCCGGAGGAGACGCAGCUGCAAUGGAUGUCUGAGCAUAUGAGCUAUCCUGACAAUUUCCUGCAUUUAUCGGUUGAGUACGAGAACACAUAACUCUCAGAGACAGAGCGAGAGAGCAUUCAAAUGAAAUUACAAGUUGGAGGGAGUAAAGAGUGCGCCAAUCCAAUGCUUUAACCCAGGGCCGAUCUGCACACGGACCGAUAUACACACUUACCAAUAACUGUAGCAACUAAUUAAUUAUUAAGUUCAAUGUACAAUACAUUAAAUAUUUAUGUACCAUAUACUUAUGCAAUAAUAUAUAUAGCUUGAUACAGCAUUUAUACUACAUA